AGAAAGCGGAGGAAGGGUGGCUGUCGGGACUCUGAGUGAUUCGCUGGUCCGCGCCGUUGCAGCUGUUGCUGUCACUGCUAAUUACUGCCAUCUGCGCCACCAUCGCCAACCCCAUCACACAUCAUGAGCUACACAGGCUUUGUCCAAGGAACUGAAACCACUUUGCAGUCUACAUUCUCUGAUACAACUCAGCCCACCUCUGAUUAUGGUUAUGAAAACUAUAGUUAUGGAUAUGGAUACAGUCAGGAUAACACUUCCAACUAUGGGUAUAAUAUGGCCACCUCAAACUCUUGGGAAAUUCCUAGUACCAACACAAAUGCAAACCCCAGUGCUUCUACAAGUUCCAGUACUGAUACUGUUUUAUCCAAAAUUAACCAGAGUUUAGACAUGGUGACCCAGCGUUUGGAUAUGGUGUCUCACCUAGAAAUGGACAUGAUGCAAGGAGGCCUAUAUGGUUCAGGCGGGGAUAGGUUUGAUUCCUAUGAUGCAUAUGACUCGAGAGCAACACUAAACGAUCGUGAUAUCUACAGAUUUGAUUACGACUAUAGUGAAAUUGAUCCAGAAAUGGAAAUGGCUUAUGAAAGCCACUACGAUGCUUACCGGGAACAGUUUCAAAUUCGUGAUUCUUUUGGCCAGAGGGCGCAAGGUUGGGCCAGAGAUGGCCGCACUAAUCGCUCAAUUGCUGCAAGCUACGGACGAAUGUGGGAUGACCCUAUGGCAGCCCGGAGCCAUUGUGGCCCUGGCUCCUCCCGGCUUCCAUCUCUCUUCUCCCAGAAGAUUAUUCCUGAGUAUGGCAUGUUACAAAGUAUGAGAGGAGCAUAUGGGAAUAUGCGAUUUGGAUUUGGAUUUGGCAGUGGCCUGAAGCAGAUGAGAAGGACCUGGAAAACAUGGGGAAAUGCUGAUUUCAAACCACAGAAGAAGAAGAACAAGAAGAGGAAACAGUCAAAUAGUACUGAUGAACCAGACAGCAAGGCAGCUAAAACUGAUGGCUCUGACAACAGUGACUCGGAAAAUGAUGAAGGCACUGAAGGGGAAGGAACAGAGACUGUGGAAGCAUCUGAAAAAGUUGAAAAAAGUUCUAAAGAAGGAGAAGAUGAUGAAGGGAAAGAUGAUGGGAAAGAAGAUGGAAAACCUGAUCCUGAGAAAGGAACCCUGACAAUCCAGGAAGAGAUUAGUCAGAUCAAACGGAAGUUGCAGGCUGGCAAGAAGACACAGGAGAGACAGAAGAAACGGCAACGAGACCGCAUGGUGGAAAGCUCGGGACCCGACACUGCUUGGCACCUUUGUCCAGAAGCUCCAGCACUUAGGGCACUAUGCAUGCCCAGAGGGCCCCCGCACUGGUGCUUGCCUCCGCCUCAAGUUCUUGCUCUUGCUGGAUCUUCCUCUGCCAAGUCGGCGCCGGGCCCCUGGGCUCUUCAGACAAAGCUGUUCCCGUGGCCCAGUUAUGGAUGGCAGAGGAUUCAGUUUGUGUGUUCAUUGUGCAAGUAUCGUACUUUCUAUGAGGAUGAAAUGACCAACCAUUUGGACAGCAAGUUCCACAAGGAACACUUCAAGUUUGUGGGUACCAAGCUACCCAAGCAGACAGCUGACUUUCUGGAGGAAUAUGUAACCAAUAAAACCAAGAAGACAGAGGACCGACGUAAAGCUAUCGAAAACCUCAAUGGUGUGAUCCAGCAAAUUUAUAAAGACCAAGAUCUCACUCAAGAAAUUGGUAUGGAACACUUUGUGAAAAAAGUAGAAGCAGCUCACUGUGCAGCCUGUGACCUCUUUAUCCCCAUGCAAUUUGGGAUCAUACAGAAGCACCUCAAAACAAUGGAACACAACCGCAACCGCAGGCUCAUGAUGGAUCAGUCAAAAAAGUCAUCACUUGUUGUCGCUCGCAGUAUCCUCAACAAUAAACUCAUCAGCAUGAAAUUAGAACGAUACCUUAAGGGUGAAAAUCCCUUCACAGAUGAUCCAGAGGAAGAAAAAGAGCAAGAAGAUGUAGAUGGAGGUGAGGGCCAACUCAGCAGAAACCUGGAGGAAAGAGCAAGUAUAGCAAUGGAAGAAAACAAGAAUAAAGAGGAAAAUGACAUCUUUGGAGUGGUCAACCCCCAAACAAGAAUGCCAUCUGAAAGGGAAGGGAGAUCUGGAACCAGAGAAUUGGUAAUGGAGACCACAAUUUUGCCUGAAGGCAGUAAUGGGAAACAAUCUGAUUUAGACAUGCCUCCAGAGGAAGAACCUGUGCCUUUAUUAGGGCAUGUGCAUCAACAAAUCCGGGGAAUUCCUGGACUAGAUAUGGAUGCAGAUGAUUAGCCAAGUUCCUGAAGUGUUUAGAAGGAAUAGGGCCUGUCUUGUUUUAGACCUGAUAUUAAUUUUUUUAUUAAAGUAAUGAUAACUUAGGCUUCCCAGGUUGAUUGUCAUUCUCUCUCCCCUGGCUGUAUUAAGAAGCCUUUCUAUGUAAAUGGUUUUGGAAAUCGUUUUUUUGUUUGUUUUUUUAGGGUUUAUUUGUUUUAUACCCAGACCCCAUCAUAAUAGCUCAAUUUUGUGUCCCUGAAAUUCAGAGACUGCCUUUCCUGCAAGUGCCACCCGUCAUGGCGCAUGGGCACAGACCAGUUGUCUAGAUGAAUCUUGGAGAAGACGUCUUCCUAGGAAACAUAAUUUUAAGUAUAUUGAUCAGUGUGUGCAAACCAAGCUUCCUAAUGGGAAAGGGAAAUGACAGUGGUUUUUAAAUUUUUGCCUGUAACAUAUCUUCACCGGUUUUUUGCAAGUGACAGUGACAUUUUGUUUAGUCUCUCCCCAUUAUUGCAAUUGAAAUGAUGUGGCCAGUCAUAUUUGUAAAACUUUUUCAUUGUAGAUGAAUGUCCUCAACCAGACCAGAUAAAAUACUACCAAAAGC